AUGACUCGGCUGAUGUUAGGCCGGACCCUAGAGCGCAUCUGCAAGGCUGUCCUGCUGCUCUGCAUGGUGCACUUUGUCAUCAUGAUGAUCCUCUACUUCGACGUCUACAGCCAGCGCUUCGAUCAGAUCUUCAGCCGCUUCAACAACGGCCGCAACUCCAGCCGCAACGGACACCACUACUACUACAACCUCAGCCGGCCCAACGCCACCUUCGCCAGCUACCUGGCCACCGCAGACCAGCUGCUGCCCAGCGUACGACCUGAGGGAAACCACACACCACCAACUGCCAAACCUAUACCACCAUGCCCGGAGAUACCCCCUGGUCUGGUGGGCCGCCUCCUGAUCGAGUUCGCCUCCCAGAUGACAAUGGAACGGGUGCAGAAGGAGAACCCAAACGUGACGGAGGGGGGCAAGUACACCCCACCGGACUGCCGUGCCAAACAGAAGGUGGCUAUCAUUAUCCCAUUCAGACACAGAGAAAACCACCUCAAGUACUGGUUGCACUACCUGCACCCCAUCCUACGACGGCAGAAGAUCGACUACGCCAUCUAUAUCAUCACCCAGCUUGGUGAGGACACCUUCAACAGAGCCAAGCUCCUGAAUGUGGGCUACACCGAGGCCCUGAAGGAUGCAGAGUACGACUGCUUCAUCUUCAGCGAUGUGGACCUCAUCCCUAUGGACGACCGUAACCUCUACCACUGUUACGACCAGCCAAGACACUUUGCCAUCGCUAUGGACAAGUUUGGCUUCAGGCUUCCUUAUGCGGGGUACUUUGGCGGGGUUUCCGGGCUGAGCAAAAAACAGUUUCUCAAGAUCAAUGGCUUCCCCAACGAGUACUGGGGCUGGGGAGGAGAAGAUGACGACAUCUAUAACAGGAUCACCCUCAACGGGAUGAAGGUGGUUCGACCGGACGUCCGGAUUGGCCGCUACAGAAUGAUCAAACAUGAAAGAGACAAGCACAAUGAACCCAACCCACAAAGAUUCAACAAGAUCCAGAACACCAAGAACACUAUGAAGAGAGACGGGAUCAGCACUUUAACGUACCGCGUUCUCCAGUUUAAGAAGUACCCUCUCUACACCAACAUCUCUGUGGAGAUCGGCAAGCCCCCGCCCCGGCCUUUCAGGGGCUAGACAGAUAGAGAGCCCCGGCCUUUCAGGGGCUAGACAGAUAGAGAGCCCCGGCCUUUCAGGGGCUAGACAGAUAGAGAGCCCCGGCCUUGACAUGGAGGAGGAGGAAGGGAGAUG